CGCAGCGCGCGCGCCACUCGCCCGGCGCCCGCGGCCCGCAGCGCCGUCGCGCCGAACACCGCGCUCCUAACACCGUCCGCGACUGUGACUCUGCCCGGAUUACAGUGAUACUAUCAGUGCAUCACAGGAUUCAGUUUCAGUGAUUCCCGCGGCGAAAGUAAAAACCGGGUCGCCGAUAAGCGUUGUGCAAGUUGUUGCGCGCGGAACUCGCGCGCGGCCUCGCACUCUCCCGCAGGAAGCGUGUCGCAAGCGGGGAAGUGGCGCAAGCGCCGGGAAGCCGCUGCGCGCGCUCCACAACACACAUACCCUGGAUUGCCCCGGCAACACUGGAUUCUCUUCUAACAUUGUCCCCUGUGCUGGAAUGAUGGGCGAGGGCCUGCUGACUCUGACGUACGGCAAGCACCACGCCUGCAUCCUGAACGAGGUGGGAGCAGCGUGGCGUGGAGCCCGCUACUCAGACCUAGUUCUGGUUUGCGACGACGCUGUACCGCUGGCCGCGCACAGGAUCGUCAUGGCCGCCGCUAGCCCACUUAUCAGGAAAAUACUGGAUGAUACGCCAUCUGUCGAGAGUCCGGUCACGAUUCACAUGUCGGGCAUCAGCAGCACUCUCAUGAGGCAUCUCCUUGUAUUCUUGUACAGCGGCCAAGCCUACAUUGAGUCUGGUGAAAUAGAUGAUAUGCAGGAGCUGUUUGAGUUGUUGGAAAUCAAAUCAGACGUAUGGAAAUCAACGAAGGAACGACAACAGGCUGAAGAACGGAACAGAUCGUGUGACAGAUUAAAAUCAAAAUCAUUGAAGACAGAUAUCAACAGCAAUGAGAGCAGUAAACACGAUGCACCCUCAGGAUCUUCACAUUCAGAGAGUGAGCUCGUUACCCCUGGCGCGGGUUACAGCAAAGACAAAGAUGAAAGCAUGAGCAUAAAGAAAGAAAACAUGUCGACCAGUAGCAACGAUGAAAGAGAGGAAGAAGAACAAGACGGAGAGAACAGAGAUAAAGAAUGUGGACGACUCAUGGCAAGACGAAGAAGCUCUUCGAACCCGGUCAACUUAUCGCUUGCAAGGAAUUCAGAAAACACAGGCAGUGAACAUGACGACUCACAAGAUGUUGAUGUGGAAACCGUUGCCGCAAAGAACAUUGCGAGAAGAAGGUCAACAUCGUCAAGUCAGGAAGAUCAACCACAAGAGACCCACUACCGAAGACAGUUGCUAAGUGAUCGAUUAGGACGAGGAAUCGAAAGAGCCAAAAGGAAAUCACAUUACUUAGAACCCCCAGAGCUGGAUCUACGAACUGUCAAGUUAGAGGAUUACGCACAUCUUAAGCCACCUGAUCAGGACCUCAUAUCGUUGGUACAGACUUCUCCAGAAAACUACGUCGUCACGCCUCACCGAAAACGAAGACCCGGCUUCCACAAUUCACCGUCACAGAAUCCUCCAUUUGUAUCAUUCCCCCCGAGUUACUUAGAAGAAAUGGCCCAUCUCCGAUAUACACAGGGACCUGGCAGUGCCGCCGCAGUUGCCAGUGCUCGGCUCGGAGUAUUACAUCCACUGAGCACGUCAGCGCCGCCGUACUUACCUGAAAGGAGUGCCACUCCCCCCACAGCAACGCACGAGGACGCUCUCAAAUACCGACCUCCUAGUGCAGGUUCGUGGGGUCCGUGGCUAUGUCAACCACAAAUGGGUGGAGAUGACACGCCCACGCCUGAACACGAUCAAGGUUCGAGUAAACAAGCACCAGUCCGAGAGUAUCGCUGUGAAUAUUGUGGCAAGCAGUUCGGUAUGUCGUGGAAUCUCAAGACUCACUUACGAGUACACACUGGAGAGAAACCGUUCGCUUGUCGACUGUGCGUCGCUAUGUUCAAACAGAAGGCCCAUUUGCUGAAACAUUUAUGUUCGGUCCAUCGCAAUGUGAUAUCAUCCAGCGAGAAUGAUGGCCGGACCAACACGCCGGGACGGUUCAACUGCUGUUUCUGUCAGCUCACCUUCGAAGCGUUACCAGAACUCAUCCGGCACUUGUCCGGCCCACACAACAGUUUGCUUCUCAGUAAGAACCUACACGAAUGACGCCCGCUGUCUUGACGCGGGCGCUCGCGUAACUUUGGACUUUAAAACUUCAUCUCUCGUCAUGAGAGUUCAAUUGUGAUAUGUGUUUAGAAGGAUAUAAUGUUAAGCGUUAGUUAUAAGACAUGUGAUAUCGCAGAGCGAUACUCAUAGUGAGGCAUCCGUAGCCGACGACUGCGGGUGUGAUGUUGAUGACUAAUAAAAAAUCACAUGUUUGCCGAAUGGGUCCAAAUUGUUAUAAUUUGUUUAAAAAUUAUAAUCCGGGACCAACACCUUCCAAGAUAGUAUUUAUUUGAAAGAUGUAUUUCAUUAGGGUAAAUAUUAUUAAAAGCCACCGACACAUUAAUUCCUUAAGCAUAGAAAAUAGACACGUUUGUCAAAGAAAGUUGCGAAGUAUGUGUAGACCUAAACAGAUAGCGUCACAUAAACUACCUCCUAAUUUAAAUCAGUAUCUUGAUGAAUCUACUGUGGCGUUAGCAUGGGUUCAUAUUGACUUUAUACUUUUCGAGUAUACAGUCAAUAGAUCUAGUCAGAAUUGGAACUAAGAUUUCAACAGUUGUAAGUUGUACACAUUACGAUUGGUACCGAUUCAUCACAACAGUACUUUGGUGCUUCUAGUAACUUCAGUAAAUAUUUUAAUUGUUAUGUAAAAGACUCCUUGCUGUGUUUUCAGGGUCAUUGCUCCCACUUUGUUCCAAACCAUCUGACUUGAACAUUUCGCAGCUUUUUAAGACAUUUACAAUCUCAAUAUUAGGUUUUAUUCACUUUAUGUAACUUUUAGAAAAAAAAUGUGUUCGUAAUAUUAUAAUUAUAGUAUGCACAUCCUUCCAAUCGUUCGUGCCGAUUUUGCAAUGUGGAUAAGCACCAAAGAUUUGUAAAGCAAUAAAAACGUUUUGGUGUACAAUUAAGAGAAAUUAAAGGGACCUGAAAUGAUUUUGAUUUUGUUAAACUUAAAGUAUGUAGGUACCAAUUUAAUAAUCUCAUCUGUAAUUACUAACGUUCAAUUUUCUAUAACCAUUUCUAUAAUUCCGUUGCGAACUUUAUGAUGCUUGAAUAUAUUCUUAUUUUUGGAUUAAUUUACUUUAGUGUUAAUAGGAAGCUUACCAGGCAUUAUUUUCAAAUGGAUAUUUUUAUCACUAGUACCUUAGCUUUAUUAAAAAUCUUCGAAACUUAUUUUCGAUGUCGCUUUUUAUCGAACACGUUACUGUGGCCAGUUAUAUUAAAGCUAUUAUUGUAGUGAAGGCUGGAUGUUCAUCUUAAUUAAGGCUUCUAUUAUACAAAGUAUACAAAAUUAGCGAUCGAUUGUUUCGUCAGUACGAUGCCAAAAGUUUUUUUAUUCAACAGUAGACUGUAUUGUACUUCUGGAUUUUUAAAAAGUGUAUUGCAUUAAGCCAGUUCGAUACUGUACUCAAUUGGAGAAUAUUUUCCGUAAUACUCAUUUUGUACAAUCCUUUUAUACGUACUUUUAUUUGGAAUUCCAAUUAUAUUAUUGUUGACUUAAUUCGUGCGGAUACUUGUCAAUGCAAUGAUUGUUGUUUAAUGCUUACUUCAGUAAAACUAAAGUUACCAACGAGUUGUUCAAAACUAGAGUAAACUGUAAAAUUGUCGAGUUAAUUUAAUUGUCUCUUUCGAACGUUACCUAUUAUACCUGAUUUUUAUCGUUUUUUCGUGUUAAUCGACGUCGAUAUUGACGUUAAUUGUAAUUGGGGAACAAUUUAAUUUUAAGGAUUGUGAUUUCAAGGAAUCGUUUAGGUUUAUUCUAUGUGAUAAUUGUCUGUUUUGUCUUAAGUAGGCACGUUGAGAACGCUGUCUUCCAAUGCGUUUUCCAUUUUAAAAUCUUUAGGAUUGAGAUACACGGAUCUUGGAACUUACACGUACUUACCUUUUUGGAAAAACUUUUUGCUAUACACUGCAUACUUAACAGUACAGAAUGUUUAUCUAACCGCCGCACUCAGAGUCAUUUUAUGGUUACUUAACCCAGUCCUUAGCAAUCGUUUUCUACAAAAUCGUUACUAAGGAAUAGUUUAAGUAAUCAUUAAAUGUUUCUGAGUACAGCAAUAAGUUCCGUGUGUCUUAAUUCUCUGUAAAUAAAAAAAAGUUAGAUUGUAAGUCAAACGAUGCAUGACAAAAAAUCGUCCACAAACCGCUGCCUAACCUAUACGUAAAUUGAACAAAUUGUAUUUUUAUAAAUAUUUUCUUGAGAACUACUUGUAGUAUAGAAUCGUUGUGAUAUUAUCGGCGAAGGUCCGAAUUGCCUUAAAAUAUUAAAUAUCAAUGCAAGUAGGUAUCUUACUUAAUACGUAGUUUGGGUGUUUCUUAGCUCUGUUAUCAGAAACGAAAGCACAAAUAAUGAUGUAGCUUAGAUUCUUAGAAAUAAUUUGCCAACAAAGAAGUUAUGAAAAGACAUUUUGCCAUUUUUGUUCAUUUGAAUAGAUACAUGUACCAGGUACCAGGUUACUUGGGAAUAAAUAUAUGACAGAUCUAAGAAACACCAAAAGACCGAUUCGAAAUAUUAAUUUGUAAAAACAUGACUUUGUUAAGGAUUAAAAAAAGAAAUUGUAAAUAGUAAACUCUAGAAUGUAAGUCUUAAUAGUAAAUAAAGCUUAACUUAAUAUUGUUGAACUUGAAUAUUGAUUUUUCUCUGUUAAUUGUAAAUUAAAAAAAGUAUUUGAUAAGUUUUCACUACUUGUACAAUUUUAUGUAGAUAUUGUUUAGAAAAUAACAUUCUGUAAAAAUGUGUUCUUACCGUAGUAAAUUUAAUAACGAGAAUAUUUUAGUUACACACUCCAA